AUGAUGAUUACAUCUAAAAUUUUAAUGGGGUUGUGUAUAUUUUUCUGCGAGCUUGACCAAGUCCUUCUUUUCAAUCGAUGUCCAGCAGCUAAAGAGCCAGGUGUUGUCUCCUGUGCUGGGAAAGUAUGGACAGAACCAGCCCGAGUCAUUCCAAUGGGUCAGAGUAUUUCUAUACACUGCCACUCCCCUAUGGAACUGUGUAAGGGAGCCAAACUAUACAUAGAACUAAAUGAAGUUCGUAUUGAGGACCAAUUCUUGUCAAUUAUAAACAAAACUACUGUUCAGCUUCAGCUUCAAGAUUUCCACAGUCCAUUUUCCACCGUUGGGUGUUAUGCCAGAUGUUCCCAACAGGCUCCUAAGGAAGUGGUCUGUGGAACAGAAUUUUGCAUGGGCUAUUUGCCUGACAGGCCUGUCAAUUUAACUUGCUUCAUAUAUGAGCCUUCAGAUAAUAUGACGUGCAUUUGGAACCCAGGCAAAGACACAUAUUUAGACACUACAUACAACUUGUAUUUGAAAAGUUUACAGACAGAAGAGAACAAAACUUUUUCUUCAAGCAGCAGUUUCUGUGUCAUCCCUCUGACGCACCUCCCGAAAAACCAAAGCUUUUAUGUAUGGGUCUAUGCUGAAAAUGACCUAGGAGCAGUUCAUUCAGAUCCAUUACAUGUUGACCUCGAGGAGAUAGCGAUACCGAUGACACCAGCUAUAACCCAGACUGAAACUGUGGAGUAUCCAGUAUUUAAGACUAUAAUUAAGUGGGAGAAGCGAACUGCAUACAAUGCCAUCUACUGUGAAGAGCGUCACAAGGAGAUGGCAAGAGAAACUUGGCAUGUUCGAGAAUUGGUCAUUGAUUUUGAAAGGGAUUUCACUGAGUACAACUUAGAUGCAAACACUAAGUAUGAGUUCCAAGUUAGAUGCAAGUUAAUUCAAACUGGAAGGUUUUGGAGCAUAUGGAGUGAACCUGUAACAUAUAUGACUCCAGAGGCUGAACCAUCUUCAGUACUUGAUGUGUGGCGAUACCUGGGACCAAGCUACCCAAAUGGUAGUCGAGAGAUAACCAUCUUGAUCAAGCCACUUCAUCCAAAAGAGAGCAGAGGGCAAAUUCUGGGCUACAGAAUAUUCUAUGAAAACCAAGGGGAAAAUAUGAAUGUAUGUUAUACAACAGAGACAAAAUGCAAAGUUUUGGUGCCUGCAACAGUGACCUAUGUCUAUGUGACAGCACAAAAUUCAAAAGGAAGUUCCAAACCUGCAAAUAUUACAGUGAACCAACAGUCCUUUAAUUACCAUGAUUUUCCACCCCCUACCCAUAUGCAAAUAGGAGAUGAACAGAAUGGGAUUUCUGUUAUGUGGGAACUUCCCAUACACACUAGAAAACCAGUGUUGUGGUAUAUAGUGGAGUGGACUUAUGCAGGUUGGCAUAGUCGCUACCAACAGGACGUUUUGUGGGGAAAAGUCCCCAGCCAGAACACAACAACAUUCAUACCAGGCAUCAGAAUGAAAAGCAACUUUAUUGUUUCGGUGUAUGCUGUGUACAGUGACGGAAUCAGUGAGGCAUGUUCUGUACAAAGCAAUUCAAAUGGGUUGUUGAAAAAGCUUCCAGAUGGACAUGCUGAUGAUGAUGUUGGAUUUUUGUUGGGAAUUGGUGUUGCAAUGGCCUUCUUAUGUUUUUUUCUUUUGGCUUUGAUCGCUAAGAAGUCAUUCAGACAAAGGGUUAGUGCAGCGUUUAUUUCCGUUACACCCAAGUGGCUACUUGAAGAUUAUCCUCAAGUGCAGAAGAGCAGCGUGAUCAGAUUGCUCCAGGAAAGAAAUAGCUCCAUGAUGCACAAUUUCAACAGGCUGUUAUUGGAUUAUGAAGAUGCUGUAGUUACUAAAGUCGAGGAAAUAUUGGAAGACAAGGAAGGUAACCCUCUGGAUAAUAAAUGGAACACCAAAGAGGCUGUUUCUGAGAUUAGUCUACCAGAGACACUAUUUGUCAACAAUUCCAACAUGAUAGAGGAAAAUGGCUACAGACCUCAGGUCUUCAACAGUAGUUGUAAAACACAUUCUCAAAAUCUGGAUACAAAAUCAAAUCACCCAGCUUCAACCAUGAAUAUUUUAAUAAAAGAUUACAUGAGCCCUGUUACCUCAAUAUGGCCUACUGAUGGCAUGGAUGGAAAUACACUUUUACUUGAGAAAGUCAGUCUUGUUCUGAACAACAGUACAAGUGGGCAGAGCAAAAUAUUUACCUCUGUAGAAGAGCUGAAUAAUAGAGCAGUGGAAAAUCAGUGGAAGCUCCAGUUAUCAGAAAACAAUGUUCAAGAACAGACCUUAAUACCAGAUGAACUGCUCUCUUGUUUAAAAGCUUUGAAUGAAAACUCUACAGAUUUAAAGUCUUCUUUUCCACAAUGUGUUGCAAAGUGAUUUCAGCACAAAGAAGACUCAAACCAGAACAUGCAAAAUUGUUCUGCAUCUUCAAGAAUUUUACCUCAACACUUAUUGUUUUAAAUUAGGUCAGAAGAUGCAGCUUGAGAUGGAUGUACCUUUCCAUGCCAGUUCAUUCUUGUGUUAUAAGCAGUGAUUAAACCAUAGAGUUUAAGAGACACAGAAGAACAUCUGAGUAAUCCUGCCCUAAAAGGUGAAGUUCAUUAUAAAACAACCUGUAAAAUUGCAAACGCGGUAUUUCAAAACAGCA